AUGGUCUGCUUCUCCCAGCAUGGAUACAACUUUGACGCCUCAAACGCCGACGCCUGGUUCAAGGCGCUGGCCAAGUACCAUUCAGGGGUCAAGGCAGCAGUGACCAUUGAUGAGGAAAGAAGCUACACCACAAAAAUCGACCUCAAAUGGCUCCAGUCUCUGCCCAAGGGUCGGAAAUACAACGUCACCACCAAGUGCACAUGGAACAAAAGGGCCACCAUCCAGGCCAUGCCUCAGUAUAUCUCAGCGGCAGAGGGCAAGAAGACCAGUGGGCACAGCAAGACCUUGGUCACAAACAUCACAUCCACCAUUGACAGGAUCAUUGCAUUGCACCUGGGCCACAGCAGCCAAGAAAUCUUCAUAUCAAGUGACUUCAAGGAAGGGACCACCUUUGACAGAGUUGUCUCUGCCAUUGGCUUCCUCAAGAACACAAAAAAGCUCACACAGCUUUUCAUUUCACAUGAUAGCAAGUGUGUCAUCCUAGUGCUUGAUGACUGCUACAUGCUGUGUGCCCACCUCAGUGGGGUCUGUGACAUGGGCCUCCCCACUCUGGACCUCAAUGACAGGUUUGUUCAAAACACAUUCAACUCAGCAGUCAUGCCCAAGGAGUGGAAUAGGAGUUUCAAGGGCCACAUCCAGCAGCUCCUGGACGUCCCUCACCAGCUUCAUCUCAAAUCACUGGUUCUCCAUCCCCUUCUCAACUAG